CGGUCACACUCGCCUGCCCCGCCGGCCAUGUGAUGAUGUGAAAGCGAGAGGUGUCGCGCACGCUGUGUGUAGUGGAGUGGUAGCCUUGCGCGGCCGCGUCUUGGCAUCUUCCUCCUCUCUUUCCCCCCUCGGCUCCCCGCUCCCGCAUCUCGCCUCGCCGUGCGGGCCUGGAUCGCUCGCGGCCUCCAAAUGCGACCGCAUCUCCUCCGACGUCUCCUCCUCCUCGCCGCCGCCGCGCUACCGUCGCCGGCCGAUUGCCGCCAGGGCGGCCACCACGCGGCCCCUCCGCCGCCGAAGCACCACGACAAGAGCGGCGCGCUCACCGUCGCGCUCGCCGUCGCCGCAUCGCUCCUUGCGCUGGUCCUGCUCUACCUCUGCGCGGCCAUCGCCGUCCGCCGCUUCCGCUCCCGCGGCGCGGUGGGGCGGGAGCCGGCCUCCUCCUCCUCCUCUGCGGCGUCCCGCGCCGCGGCGUUUCUUCGCCGGAACGGGCUCCAGCACCACCGCCCGGCCUUCACCUACGAGCAGCUCCGCGCCGCCACCGCGGGCUUCGACGCGGGCCGCAAGCUCGGCGACGGCGGGUUCGGGACGGUGUUCCUCGCGCACCUCCCGCCCGCCGGCCGACCCGCCGCCGUCAAGCGCCUCCACGUCCCGCCGUCCCCGUCGCCGUCGUUCCCUUCCGCCGCCGCCACCAUCACCAAGUCCUUCUGCAACGAGGUGCUCAUCCUCUCCGCGCUCCGCCACCCGCACCUCGUCCGCCUCCACGGCUUCUGCGCCGACCCCCGCGCGCUCCUCCUCGUCUACGACUUCGUCCCCAACGGCACACUCUCGCACCACCUCCACCGCCGGGUCGGCGGCGGCGGCGGCGCCCCUCCGCCCCCGCCGCUCCCCUGGCGGACCCGCCUCGCCAUGGCGGCCCAGAUCGCGUCGGCGCUCGAGUACCUCCACUUCGGCGUCAAGCCCGCCGUCGUGCACCGCGACGUCACCUCGUCCAACAUCUUCGUGGAGGCCGACAUGCGCGCCCGCCUCGGCGACUUUGGCCUCUCGCGGCUCCUCGCGCCGCCGGACGCGUGCUCCACGGGGGCCGCCCGCGAGCUCGUGUGCUGCACCGCGCCGCAGGGGACGCCGGGGUACCUGGACCCGGACUACCACCGCUCCUUCCAGCUCACCGAGAAGAGCGACGUGUACAGCUUCGGCGUAGUGGUGCUGGAGCUCGUCACGGGGCUGAGGCCCGUGGACGUGGGCAGGGAGCGGCGGGACGUGACGCUGGCGGACUGGGUGGUGGCCAAGAUCCAGGUCGGCGAGCUCAGGGAGGUCGUCGACCCGCCGGUGCUCGGCGAGGGCCCCGGUGUGAUGGCGAGCGUCGAGGCCGUGGCCGAGCUGGCGUUCCGGUGCGUGGCGCCGGACAAGGAUGACCGGCCCGACGCCAGGGAGGUGCUGGUCGAGCUCAGGAGGAUCCAGACGAUGCUGCCCGACCUUCCCGGGGGCAAGGGUUCCUGAAUCGGAUCGCGCAAGACGCCAUCUGCAUCAGAAUUGAGCUAGCCCCUGCUCGAACUCAGGAUCCAACACCUCCCAUUGUCCAUGGCCGCGACUCCUAUCCUAAUCCAGUAAUCCUGUGCUGACAUCUUGACUAAGAAAUAGCAGCACUCCCUGAAUGUUUGCUGCUUUGUACUGGCAUUGUCUGAGCCAAGUGCCUCAUGGAGUCAUGGUUGACAACCAGAACUCACCGAGAACUACAAGAAUUAGCACCAGGUCGUGUGUAGUCUAGUUCUCUCGGUAUGUACAAGUUCAACAAAUAGUAACAGCCGCCAAAUGUGUUUCUCCAGAUUCCAA